AUGGAUUCCUACCCUUCAUUGCCAAAUAUAAGCCACCAACAGCAACAAGCUGGAUAUAAUAAUAACUCGCUCGGUCUCCCUACAAAUCCUGCAUUAUUACAACAAUCUCAAUCGCAGCAAUAUGCAACCAAUUUUUCCCCUCAACAUCCUGCCAACCAACGCGCGAUGAAUACAGGAAUCGUGCAACAAUCACAACAACAGCCCAACUAUGGGACUACAAGCAAUCAAACCAUGCAGCAACUUAGAGGUUUAGGUGGUGAAAGUGCUUCAACUCUCUCCAAUCCGUACGUUUUUCAAAAUCACCAGUCGUUACCCGUAACAUCCUCGACUCAAAUACCAUCCAUGUCAGCCAUUAACAACUCUGUUUACGGUAAUCAAGUGCAAAUGCAACAACGUCUAGCUGCUCAAGCUCAACAAAAUCAACAACAAAUGAUGCUUCAAAUGAGAAGACCCGUUCAAAAUGCUGCGCCUUCCCAAACUGUCCAUCGUUCCUCCCAUAGUCAAAAACAAUCUAAUGACUCUAAUUCUAAAAAACCUCAACAACAAACUGUUAAACCUUAUGAACCUGCUCCUGAUCUUACUCCCGUUCAAAAAGAGUAUUUAGAACAAUAUGUUCGUCGUGAUAAUUUAUAUCAAAAAGCAUUAGAUCUCCAACAUAGAAGGCAAAUGGCUAUCAUAAACGAAAAACGUAAAGAAAUAGCUCAAGCUGAACAAAGCUCAUCACAACAAUUAAGAGAUAUCGCACAAAAAGAAGAUAUAUUAGUUCCGAUAAGAUUAGAAAUUGAUGGUGCUGAUGGUUUUAAACUACGAGAUACCUUUACAUGGAAUAUGAAUGAAACGUAUAUUACGCCUGAACAUUUUGCGGAGGUUCUUUGUGAUGAUUUACAUUUUCCCGCUUCACAAUUUGCUCCAAUAAUUGUCAAACAAAUACGUGAUCAAUUACAAGGAUAUAUCAUCCAUCCUCUGUCAUCAUCGGAGCCUUCUCAACCUUCUUUAAGUGCUGAGAUUGACGUGACCGUUGGUAAUAUAUCGUUAGUAGAUCAAUUUGAAUGGGACGUUAAUUGUCAAAAAAAUGAUCCUGAAACUUUUGCGGAAAUUUUGACGACAGAAUUGGCGCAUUCUAUUCGAGAACAAAUUCAAAUAUACGUAAAAUCAUUAAUACUUGUGGGACAUCCUUUUGAUGGAUCACCUAUACAAGACGAUGACCUUCGACAAAACUUUUUACCUCCUGUCACAAACAUAAUUCGUAGAGAAGAUGCUGUUGAACAACAUACCCCAUUAUUAGUAGAGUUAACGGAAGCUGAAAUCGACAAAAUUGAGAAAGACAGAGAAAGAGAUGCUAGACGAGGUGUUAUUUUACCGGAUCGUGAACCUCCAAAAACGCAUCGUACACUUCUCCAUAACACUACCGUGAUCCAAGAUCCCACCGAUGAAAAUGUCUUUUUAACAGUUCCUUCUUCAGGCAUGCCACCUGUUUUACGUAAAGCUAGUUCCAUGGGAUAUGAUAAUUACACUGCAAUAUCUGAAAAGUCUCUAACACCUGGUAAAAUGCGAGGACGUGGACGUGCUGCUGUUGGUGGUACUAAUAUUGGAAGUAAUUUGCGAGGAAUUGUUCAGGUAAACUCUCUGGAUGUCACUGAUGCUAAUACUCCAGAGGGUGCUAAAAAACUUCGACGUGAGUUAGGCCCACAACAUAUUGAGAGUUACCAUCAAAACUUACCUUCGAUGUCAAUAGGACAAAUCUCAUCAACUUCCAAUACGUCGUUAGAAGUUAAGCAACAGUCCAAUACUUUGGUUAAGAGAGAAAUAAAAGUUCAAGAUAAUCAAAACUUAACUGAUUCUCAAGGAAUAACUUUGAAUACUGUUGUAUCCGAAGGGUUGGUGUCUGCGCCCUUAAUUCAACCUGUUGCGUCUGUAAUGACCGCAACUUCGAUAUCUCCAACAUCUACCUCUCAUGCAAUUACUUCUUCUUCUGCGAAUGAUUUACCAAUGUCUACAGCAUCAUCAACCAUAACCGUUUCCAAUACGUUACCAUCUAAUAGACCGGUUUUCCCAGAAUGGAUUAUUCAGCAACGCGACCAAUUAAAGCGAAAAUAUCCACGUGAUUGUUUUGACAUUAUUCAACGUCCUAAUCAUCAUCCAACUGAAUUCCGUAUUAAAUGUUUUGACUGUCCUGGAAAACUCUAUCAACCUGGUCCAGAUCUUACAUUGGGGAAUUUUGAGAUACAUCUUAAGAACAAGAGUCACCGUAUAGCAGUUGAAAAACGUUGGAAUCCUCAAUUGGCCGCAAGUCUGUUAAAUAAUGAAUCUAUCGGCAAUAGUAGUAAUACUAACACGAUUCCUGGUUACGGGCAUGCUGAUGGUGCUUCCGCUACUAUAUCGGUCGGUGAUAUUGGCGAUCAUGGUACGAACACAACUCUCGAUAGUGGUACUGGUGGUACAAAAGAAAUUGGAGGUACGGACACAUCUAGUGAUAUAAGUGAUGAUGUUCGUGUAUAUGAUUUAA